CUGUUUCGGUGGGGAGUGGGGGGGAGUUCCCUGGUCCUGUUGGUGCCUCCCCCCCUGCUCUCAGCCGGGGUUUUGGGCUCAGAGCUGAACGCUCCACCGAGCCCGCAGGAUGGAGGGCAGGCUCCGCCAGACCGCCGCCCCCCCCGCUGCGCGCCGCCCCGGCCCCGAGACACCAGCCCCGGCCCCGGACACCCGGAUGGAGCCCCGGGGAGUGCCUUUCUGACCGAACCCCAGCAGAACCCGACCCCCCGAACCAUGUCGGUUCUGUGGCUCCCGGUGGGUCUGCUGCUCAGCCUGGUACCGCGGGGUCUGCCGCUGUCCCGGGACCCCCGCGGGGGGGGGGGAAACAGCCCGGGCCCGCGGCCGCAUAUCGUCUUCAUCCUGGUGGACGACCAGGGCUUCCGGGACGUGGGCUACCACGGAUCCGAGAUCAAGACCCCCACCCUGGACCGGCUGGCCGCUCAGGGGGUCAAACUGGAGAACUACUAUGUCCAGCCGCUCUGCAGCCCGUCCAGGAGCCAACUGAUGACCGGCAGAUACCAGAUCCAUACAGGCCUUCAACAUUCCAUCAUUCGAGCCACCCAACCUAACUGCCUACCACUGGAAAAUAUCACCCUACCCCAGAAACUCAAAGAAGCAGGUUACUCCACUCACAUGGUGGGGAAAUGGCACCUGGGCUUUUACAAACGUGGUUGCCUCCCUACCAAACGGGGUUUUGACACAUUCUUCGGUUCCCUGCUUGGAAGUGGGGAUUACUACAGCCACUACAAAUGUGAAGGACCUGGAAUGUGUGGCUACGAUCUGUAUGAAGGGGAAGAGGCGGCUUGGGAACAGGACCGUGGCUUGUACUCCACCGUGAUGUUUACUCGAAAAGCUAUUAGUAUUUUAGCCAAUCACGACCCUCGCCAACAACCACUGUUUCUCUACUUAGCUUACCAAGCAGUUCAUUCCCCACUGCAAGUUCCUGCCCGCUACCUUGAGCGCUACAAGGGGAUUCCAAAUUUACCGCGCCGCAAAUAUGCUGCCAUGGUCUCCUGCCUGGAUGAAGCAAUUCACAACCUCACGUUAGCGCUGAAACGCUAUGGUUAUUACGACAACACGGUCAUAGUGUACUCGUCAGACAAUGGGGGCCAGCCUCUAGCAGGUGGGAGCAACUGGCCAUUGCGGGGGAGUAAGGCUACCUACUGGGAGGGCGGCAUCAGGGCGGUGGGCUUCGUUCACAGUCCCCUGCUGGUGAAAAAAGGGACCAAAUGUCGAUCUUUGGUUCACAUCACUGACUGGUUUCCUACACUGGUGACUCUGGGUGAGGGAACAUUAGAUGAAGACCUAAACUUGGACGGAUAUGAUGUGUGGGAGGCUAUCAGCGAAGGCCACCCCUCGCCUCGCCAAGAUAUUCUGCACAACAUUGAUCCAAUUUACAACAAAGCCAAGAAUGGCUCGUGGAAGGCUGGGUAUGGCCUAUGGAACACGGCCAUCCGGGCUGCUCUGCGGGUGGGCCACUGGAAGUUACUCACAGGCGUACCGGGCUACAGUGACUGGGUGCCCCCACAGACCUUCUCCAGCCAACGGCUGACCAAUCGGUGGCAUAACGAACAAGUUCGUUGGGACCGGGGAAAGUCAAUCUGGCUGUUCAACAUCACGGCUGACCCAUAUGAAAGAGUGGACCUGUCCCAGCGCUAUCCACAUAUAGUGAAGAAGAUGCUGUUCCGGCUUGCGCAGUACAACAGGACCGCGGUGCCCGUACGCUAUCCCGCCAAAGACCUGCGUUCUAACCCCCAGUACAACGGGGGUGUAUGGGGACCCUGGUACAAGGACGAACAGGAGGAAAAAGAGGAGCAGGAGAGAUACGAUAACUUGUUCACCAACCACCUGGGUAAGCGGAGGUGGAAAAAUAAAUCCAAGAAUAGGAAAGUAAAAAGGAUGGGCGAAAGGCCGGGUACGCCCUGGACGGUGCCCGAGUAGUCUACCACACCUGUGAAAAAAACUGUUUGGCUUUUCUCAGGGAUGAACUAUUCCGGUUAAAGGACCUCCAGAUCGAUUUGCCAGGACUCCAGUAUACAUGAUAUGGAAAAAGGUAGCAGAUGGAUAUUACAGAAAGUCUUAGGACCCCUUGUUUGAACACUACUGCAGCGUCCAGACAGCUACAACCUCAUUUCACCAUUUGGGUGCUCAAAGACUUUAUGUUGCAUGUGUGAGCUUUUGUCACUUUUGUAUUUUUCCUGUUGAUGUUUGGGACUUCAAAAUAAGUCUUCCUUGAUAGUUGCCAUAAAAUUUGGUGGCUGAGACAUAAACUUAAACAGUUCUGCUAGUUUGCUAAUUGCAGUGUCACAGAUGUAGAAUAAAUGAAGUGUGUGUUCCUUUAUGUUGGUUUUUGUCCCUGUAUUUUAAAACUGUAGAUUUUUUUCCUCCUUGACGUGAUGUCUGGUCUGGCACCAGGCCGACUUGACAAAGACAAAUGGAUUGAAUAAAAAUUCCAGACACAAAUGUCUUUGUCUUCUGCUAUUUGUUAAGCUUCUUGUGGUUUGCAGUUUAUCACAAAGAUUACAUCUUUUUUUCUUUCGGUAGACACUCUUGCGAUUGUAAAACCUUUAAUAAAUCUUUUGCUUUUGAAAGUUGAUACAAGGCCAUAAAAGAUAGUUGCGCCUUGGAGAUGCAGUAAAGUGGGAUCUCAUGGAG